AUGCUCACCCCAGCCCUUACGGGCCGCCUUCUGUCGCGCUCUUCCCUGCGACUCCUUUCCACUUCGUCCGCCUCUCCUCUUCGAUCUGCUCCCAUCUCUAUCAGAGCUUCAAAAUUUGCGUCAAUAUCGACAAGAAGGUUCUCCUCGUUCCCACAACUCCGGCAAGCACAGGCUGUCGCCGAAGCCAGCGAGGAUCUCAAGCAUGCGUCUCCUGAACUCACCACUUUCAAGGAACUCGGCGACAAUGGAAUAAUACAUCCACAUAUCAUCAAGACCAUCACGGACAAGAUGAACAUCCACACUAUGACUGACGUUCAGCGGAUGACCAUCAACGAGUGCCUUGAUGGUUCAGACGUGAUCGGCCAAGCAAAAACGGGUACCGGCAAGACUAUUGCCUUCCUCAUGCCUAUCAUUCAACGCCUCAUGCGUGAUACCACCUUGACCCGAGAUAAGCCUUCCGCCGGCGACACCCGCGCUCUUAUCAUUUCCCCUACCCGCGAACUUGCAGAGCAGAUUGCCGUGGAAGCGAACAAGAUCGUUGCUGGUACAGGAGUCAAAGUGCAGACUGCGGUUGGCGGUACCCAGAAGUCUUACCACCUGAGACUCAUGCAGCGCCACGGCUGCCAUAUCCUCGUUGGCACCCCAGGCCGUGUCAAGGACCUGAUCUCCGACCGUUAUUCUGGCGUGAAGCUCGAUAACAUCCAGACCUUUGUGCUCGACGAAGCUGACCGUCUCCUCGAUGUUGGGUUCGCUCCGGACAUUGCAGAAAUCCAGUCUUUCAUGCCACCCCGAGACCAGCGUGACCGACAAACCCUCAUGUUCAGUGCCACGGUACCCAAGUCUGUCGUCGGCCUCGUCCGUCAGACUCUUAAGCCGGACUUCAAAUUCAUCCGGGCUGUCGAUCCUGAUGAGCAGCCCACCCACAAACGUAUCCCGCAGAAGGUCGCCUUCCUGAAAGGCAUGCAGAAUAUCACACCUGCGAUUGUCGAAAUCGCCCUUGGUGCAAUUGAGGCGCAUAAAGUCGACCCUGAAAACAACCCACCUUUUAAGGCCAUCGUCUUCAUGCCCUCCUUAAGUGACGUGCACCUCACGAAGACGUGGCUCGACAACCUGCGCCACUCGACUGGCGGCCGUUUUGGUCCACACCCACUUGCGCCCUGCCACAUGUUCGAGAUGUCCUCGAAGCUCACACAGGCCCAGCGUUCAAUGAACACCGAGAACUUCCGGCGCGCUGAGUCUGCCAUCCUCGUCUCGUCCGACGUUGCAGCUAGAGGCAUGGACUUCCCCAAUGUGUCUCACGUGAUUCAGACGCAUUUCCCCCAAUCAGAAGAUCAGUACAUUCACCGUAUCGGUCGUACAGGCCGUGCCGGCAAGUCUGGUGUCGGAUAUCUGUUGCUGCAGGAAGACGAGCGUCGCGCUUGGGAGCAGCAGUUUGCCCGCGACCUGAAGCUGCAGGAGGACACCAGCCUACACACACCCAAGCUAGACAUGAGCCAAGGCGCGAGUCUACCAGCGCCCAUUGCGAAGAUCAUGGGCAUGGUAGAGGCUGGCAUCAGGAAUGUGCCCUUCGGCAUGAAGGCCGACGCUUAUCGCGCUAACUUUGGCGUGAUGGGCCAGAGCGGAGCACACAGAGGCAAGCAGGGCAUUGUCGACAAGCUAAACGAGCUAUCAAGAUGGGGAUGGGGUCUAGAGCAGCCGCCACCGGUGUCGGGCCGCUUAAUUGAGAAAAUGGGCUUCGGCCGAGCACAGGGGCUGAACGUGGAUGAACGGCCUGAGAGGCAGGACUUUGGCGGUGGGCGCGACAGAAACGGUGGUGCACGGAGAAGAGACGCGUUUGACGAGAACGAUCCCUUCGGCAUGGGUGCCUCAGCCGGCAAGGGCGUUGUUCGCGGAGGCUUUGGCGGUGGCCGCGAUAACGGCAGAGGAGGUAGCGGCGGGCGCAGCGGCUUUGGUGGCCGAGACAGUGGAAGAGGAGGCUUCGGCGGACGGGGUGGCGGAAGAGGUGGCUUUGGUGGACGGGAUGGCGGAAGAGGCGGCUUUGGCGGCCGAGACGGCGGUCGUGACGGCGGCCGCAAUGGUGGUGGAAGCCGAAUGGGCCAGGGUGAUCCCUUCUUUGAGCGUUGA